UCUUCAGUACCGCUCUAUAGCCACAUUGGAUUAUAGCGUCACUGUCCGGUACAGGGCAUCAAUCAUCCGAUGCAAGGGACUCGACGCCGGUGAACAAACGAGUCACAUUUAACAAGUGUUUGGACGGAAUCUUUAUGGGAAACGGGGUUACCAAUACGAGAGAAGAUUUGGACACCAAAAUCUGUAUUUUUUGGUGUCGGAUUGACAACUUCCUUAUCCAUAUUUGUUUGAAAUCUCCCGGUCCAAAUCACAGCAGUAGCACGCUAACGCGUUCCAUCGCACUACAUCUGUAGUUGUUGGUCGGUGACAAACUAGCUAACCUUAGCUGUAACCAGAAUAUGGAAAUUUUUGUAAAUACAAUAGAGAUGAUUGUGCGCGAGCAUUUAGCUGCUUUUACGUUAUGACCUGCUAACGUUAGUCCUGUAUUGGAAAUCUGACCGCUAAACCCAUUCCUCUGUAGUCAGUGGUAUCAAGGUGACGGAUGGAAGUAGCUAAGCUAAAGCCACUGGACUUGUGAACCAGUGCAGAUGAACUAACUAUGGCUAAUGCUAUGUGCCGUGGAAUGUUGUACGCUAGCUAGCGACACAUUGAGUAACUAGCUAGCAGCUACCAUGAAUGAUAUUGUGUUAGCUAACGUACGACAGAUGUUGGGUGUUAUGUCGGCAAUUAAAUGUAAUAUGUAAUGUAUACCACGGGCUUACACCAUGUAUGUGGUUGGCCUCGUCCUUGUCAACCCCUGUGGUUGACACAAGUAUCGGUUUUUAAAAGCAAACAGCGGGAUAAAAUCGCUGUCACCGGGUAGUGGUGCUGAAAAGAAAGAACACAUUUUCUGUCGCUAGCUCGCUACAGUACUGUAGCUAUGGGAGCUAGCUAGCUAUGUAGCUAGCAGCACAUUAUAGCUAGCUAACCCCCCCAGAUUUUUAUCAAUGGUGUCUAAUAAAUUUUUAUUCGCAAUAAUUCUAUUAUAUGUGUAUAUAGGUGUACAGUCAUUAUUUUACUUUUUUGGCGGCGUUGUUUUAACUAUUUUGGUUGCUAUGGCAUUUUUAAAUGGACCAAGACUAUUAGACUGGGCGAAUUCACCUCCUCAUCUUCAAUUCAACAAAUACGUCCUGACUGGAUACCGACCAAUAUCCUCUGUCCAAGACUGUAUAAGAAGCCUUUUUUACAUGCACAACGAACUGGGAAACAUAUACACACAUGGUAUCCCUCUGCUCUGCUUCCUGUUCCUCAUCCCGCUCAACUUCCCCUGGUCCCAGAUCAGUGUGACAUGGCUGGGUGUGGUCCACUUCCUGGCCUGCCUGUCCCCCCAGCUGGGCUCUGUGCUCUACCACCUCUUCAUGAACCAUGAGGGAGGAGAGCCUGUCUACCACACCCUUCUCACCCUCGACAUGUGUGGCAUCUGCAUGAUCAACACACUGGGAGCGCUGCCCAUCGUCUACAGCACCCUGCUGUGCUACCCAUUCACCCGCACAGUGGCUCUGCUCGUCUACAUCCUGCUGUCCAGCUACGCUAUCUACUCGGCCAUCACGGCGCGGAGUAGCGUGCGGCGUCUGCGCUCCUUUGCCUGGCAGGCCCUGUUCCGCUUCUCCUUCUUCCUGCUGCGCUGGGUGGGCGUGGGCGGCGGCAGCCCCACCUCGCUGCAACACUUCCUCACCAUGGACGCGCUGGCUGUACUGGGCGGGAUCAUCAACAUCUCGCGCAUCCCAGAGCGCUUCCGCCCGGGCCUCUUUGACUACUGGUGCAACAGCCACCAGAUCAUGCACGUGCUGGUGGUGGGCUCCAUCCUCUACCUGCACUGGGGUGUGCUGGACGACCUGCUCUGGAUCAACAGCCACCACUGUCCCUCAGACUGAGCCCCACCCUGCCUGGAGGAGGACCAGCGGGGAACAGGGUUUAGGACCUCUGGGGCGGGGGGGCUGUUUCAAUAGGUAAGAUGGGAGGUGUUCGUGAAGAUGUGCAUGGAAGGCCAGAUAAAGUGUUUUACAUAAUAGGGUUUGGUGCAGGCUUUGACACAUGUGCACCUAGCAAGAAUGUUCAUACUGUAUCUGUGUCCAUCUUGCCAUUAUACAUGCAUUGCUAUUUAUAUUAGGGAACACACACAAGGAUUUGGAUAUUGGCUCAAUGGUCAACACACACACACGCACACACACACACACAGCACACAGCAGAGGGUCUGUGGAGAUUACACACAAAAAAAGAUUAAGGAUUUGAUAUCAGAAAUACACAUAGAAAUGUCUACAAAAAAAAUCAUGAUAUGCAAGUGAAGGUACACUUGAGCAAUAGUUGAUUUGCUGUUGACUUAUCCUCAUGUGUCAAUUACCAUUUCAUCCUAUGGCUUUUAUCAAAGUGGAUCCGUCAAUGAUGCAUUCAUUCUUUCUGAAGUAGUUUUCAGAUGUCAUUCUAUUGCAGCCUAUGCAGCACAUAGCAUAUAAACUUUAGAACAAACACACACACCGCACACACUCACAGCGUAGCAUGCAUGCAUGCUAGUAAUGCACAAGUAAUGCACAAAGCACUCCCAGACCUGUCACAGAGUCCUAUGGAACUACUUGAGUUACUGUGUAUUAGAGAGGAUAUUCUCCCUCAUUGUUUCUUUCAUGUUUAUUUGUCUUUCUCCCAUCUCUCUGGCUUUGUCUGUCUCUCUGUGGUCAGGUAUGGGUAACUGGGUAUGGGUGAAGGGUAUGGGUAACUGGGUAUGGGUGAAGGGUAUGGGUAACUGGGUGAAGGGUAUGGGUAACUGGGUGAAGGGUAUUGGUAACUGGGUGAAGGGUAUGGGUAACUGGGUGAAGGGUAUGGGUAACUGGGUAUGGGUGAAGGGUAACUGGUUAUGGGUGAAGGGGUUCAUUCCUUGGCUUGUUAGUGCUCAUUUUGUUUGAAGUUUACCUCCCUUUUAGUGCAGUCCACAUAGCCUAAAUGCUAGACUGAACUUGGAUGCAUUGUGCCAUUGAAUAUACAACCAUUUUAAAUAGGGAAUCAUGACAGAUUAUCCAUGUGUACAAUUGCUAUUGUUGAGUUACAUUAAGUUACAUUUUAUUAUUGGUUGACCUUAAUCUUGUAAGACAGUGCUUUUUAUUUAUUCAUCAAUAUCUAUAUUUAAAGUGACAAUUCCUCAUUUAACUGAGGAAUUUGAUUUGGUUUUGAAUCCGGAUUAUUAGAAUUAGUUCAUGACCAUUAAGUUAAAAAUAUAUAUUUUGUUGUUGAUUAUUGUAAUCAUGUUUGGCACAUACUGUAGUCAAUGAAAAGGGCACAUAGCGUCUUAAAUGAAACAGACAGGAUGUCUCUCUUUAUAAUACCUGAACAAUAGUUACAUGACUGUGCAGGAUGGAUCUUGUUGACUGAAAAGGGAAGUUCUUCCACCAAACAGAUACCAAAUGUUUAUUACGCUACAGCAUUAGAGAGAGAGUUUGUGAUGAGGGUUUUUUAAAUUAGAAUGCACUAUUAUUAUUUGACUACUAGAAACCAGUAGGUUCCCCUGAGAGGGUGGAGAUGGUCGACAGCUACGCUACUUUCUAGGCUUUUAACUGUCCGAGGCCAGAUAAGGAUUUGGUAUGAUGCACUGCAUUCUAUGCCAAAGCUGGACAUUAUUACUACAUAACAUAGCCCAGUUUGACUCUUUGCACUUUGUUACCCUUAGAGAGGUACAGUACUCUAGUACCAAGCUGACCUGUGCCAUAUAGUAUUUCAUUAGACAACUGCAACCAAGCAUGAAUGAACCCAUAACCCUCUCACCAUUUUCACAACCAGUAACCCUGAGAAACUAUUUCUGGUUACUCACUUUUAAAGUAAAAAUUGUUGCCACUAGUUUCUGCACUGGCAUUUGAGUUUAUGCUCUGAGGAACAGUACAAUGUUUACCUUUUGGAUUACUCUUGUGUUUUAUAGAUUUUGUUUAACGAUUGACUGUAUGUGGAAGGUUGAGACCAAGCGUUUUGUUUUUUUAAUCUGCUUUGCUCUGAGGGACCUUUUACCUAGUCGUCCCAUGGACUAGUUAAGUUUGCAUGUUUCUAUGUAACAUUGCACUUUUGUAACCUGGUGCACACACUCACACAUACCCACACUAAUUUCCACUUCACUCACAAGUUGCCAAAUGAUGUGUCGAGGGCCUCCGUUGUAGCACAUACUUUGCUCACAUUGAGUCAAGAGUGAGGGAGAAUGUCCCAGCCUCUCCCACACAGGCCUCAGACUGCAACCCGACCCUGACUAGUGUUAAACCCUUUCUCAGCCCCCUUAUGAAACCACCCCUGUCAUGGUGAGUACAUUACAGCCAUGGCCCCUUGUAUCGUCAUACGCUGAAAUUGUAUUACAGUGCACUGAAUGAAACUGAUUAUUAAUGCAUGUUAGUAGCGCUCAAACAGAAACUCAUUGUCUCAUACGAGGACUUUAACUUAGUAUUAGCCAAAUGCUUGUGCAUUAUAACAUAUGACACAUCAUGUGUCAGUCACUCCAGCUAAGAGCUUUACAUGCUGUCAGGGCAGUGGACCAUGAGUGUUAAGAGAGGAACAUACUACAUACAGUAUAUACUAAUACAGGAAUAUGAGGGACUAGAACAGAGGCAAUACAACUAUAUCAAAUAAACUGCACUGUUUAUUUAUUUUCAAAAGGGCUUUGGAUCAAAGUGAAAACCAGUAAUGAAACUUAUUUAAAGUCCAUGUAAAUACAUGGAUGUAUGUAGAUUAUAUAUACAUACAGUGCAAACAGUAUAUAACGCUGAUACUUUUUUAUACAUAUAUGUAAAGGGAAGAAAGCAGAAGUAGGAACCUGGAAUUCAAUAUGUAUGUCACCUAAGACAAUGCUCUGUGUCCGAGGGAAAAGGGACCUGGUAAGAGAAACAGGCUGAGGGUGGUACUACUGUGUAUUUAAUAUCAACCACAUCCAACCUAUUUACUCUAAUAUGUGAACCCAGAUAAAACGGAUUCUUUUCAGUUCUGUUGUAGAGAUGGGUAACCGUGUGGGUUUUUGAGAGACCCAGGGUUUAAGAAUGCUUUUGCUCGAUUAAAUGUAACCUCAUAAAAAUAAAAGAUAGGGAAGAUACAGGAGGGGGGGCAUGUCUGAAUACCUCUGAUUACAACUGGAUAUCUAUGCAUUAUCAGAUACAAAUACAUUUACAAUGUCUGAAGUGGAUGUGUGUUCAAGUGGUAUGUUUCUCAACUGUCACAAAGAACAAAAAGGGCCAGUUCUCUACUCAAAGGGACUCCACCACCCUGGGUUUUCCACUUCUCAGGGUGCUAUAGCCGUAGCUGUUACGUUGAGGCCAGGGGGUUCCUCUCUGAAACAUGGCUUUUAGAGCUGCACACCACCAGAGGCCACUGUGAGGGACUCCUGAACUGCGUAGGGGUCUGAGGGAAGGUAAGAGUCAUCAGUAGAAGUAGGGAUUAUUUAGGGAUUCUUGGGGUGGGCUCUGAUAAAACAAGGUGAAAUGUAUUUAAAGAGUAAGACUGUGGAAACGGGAAGAUGGGAGGGGAGGGAAUAGUGGUGGGAGAAAGAACUGAAAACCAUUUUUCAGAGAGGAACCAGGCCCACCAACAGUACCAUUUUUCAGAGAUGGAACCAGGCCAGCCACCGGUCAUUGUUUUAGUCUGUAUAUUCUGAUAUUCUAUGAUGAUAAUGAUGACAUAAUGUAUGAAAACACUAACAAAAUGUAACAGUUUUUUUUGUACACAGGUGCCAGCUAGCCUGUUUCUGACUAUUUAUAAAGGAUUAACUGUCCACUAUUGUUAUACGAUGAUGAUGACAAUGAUACUUAUUAUUAUUAAUACAAUUACUCUGUGGAUGGUUGGUACUAAUUAUGAUACUGUCUUUACAGAUAAUGAAAUGCCCUUUUCCUCUUGAUGAAGGGAGCUUUCUUGAGGGUCUGUCUGUUUCUCUGUUUGUCCUUGUCUUCGGUCUGUCUUGGUUUUUAUAAAUUAAUUGAAUGGCUGUUUAUUUGUCCCCAUCUGGUGGACAUAACUCUGUAACAUUGCAGUCUAUUGCAGGCAUCAUAUUGUAUCGUAUAAAGGCUCACCGCCAACCGUUCUGUGUCUGGCAGAGGAAGCCCAGUUCUGAUAUUUUCACAAAUUGAUCUUUUGACCAAUCAACUCUGAAAAACAUCUGAUGUGAUUAGUCAAAAGACCAUUGGUGGAAAACAAAUACCAUAAUUAGACAGGCUGCUUUUACACAGGCAAUGUGACUGACAUACUUACUACUCAACAGUGUUAACAUGCUAGGAGUGACCAAACCCUGCAUGUUCAGGGUUGCACAAACCAGUUAUGAAUGUAUAUUAUGGACCCUGUAUGUUUGAAUAUAUGAGCUGUUUUAAGAUCUCAUACUUCAUGUGUGAAAUCUGUGUUUUAAUGUGUUUUAUCUGUCCUGUUCCAUGUCUGGGUGCAAGUUGCAUCCUACUGUGCCUCAUCGACCCGCCUGUGUUCUUCUCACCGACGCUUCCGUUAAUUUAUGGCCAUCUUGUAUCUCCCUGUGUCUAGUUUCUCUACGUGUCCAUCUGUAGUGUCUUGCAUUAUACAGACAGGCCCUCCCACUCCUCAGUCUCCAGCAACGAUUGUGCAAUAAACUGAAGUCUAUAUUUUUAAA